CAGAGGAGGAAGUUGUUUGCUGCGGGAGCUGUUGUCUGUUUUGACACAGCCGGGAUCAGACCCCGGGGUUUCUUCCCGCAGCAUUGGUGGCAGCGCAGCCAGAUGACAGGACCCAGAGCGCCCCCUCCUGUCUAGCAGCCUGCCCUCUCUGCCACAUACACGUCCAGCCGGGCUCUAUGGAAGUGAUGGAAAGUCCACUGAACCUGGCACAUCAACAAAGCAGAAAAGCAGACAGGUUUCUGGCUACAGGAAAAUAUGAAGAGGCUAUUGCAUGUCACAGGAAAGCUGCUGCCUACCUCCUGGAAGCCAAAAGGUUGACACAGUCUGAGCAGGCUCAGCUGUCAUUGGAGCUGCAGCGGGAGAGUCAUAUAAAGCAGCAGCUCUUAAUUCAGGAAAGACUGAAAAGAGCCAAACGAGAAGACAAACUCCGAGUUCAACAAAAAGCAAUAGCUGCAGAGAAGGAUUUGACCACAAAUCUCCAGACAUCUUACAGGUCAUCUGCAGAUGACAACAGCCAAAAUGCACUUGUUUCUGCAGGCCAGAAAUCCAGUUCUAACCCAGGGAAGUCUUUGCAGGAAAUUCACAGUGUCUUUGAGAGAGAACCAGACUCUCUACUAUAUCUGCUGCAGAAGAGAAAGGAGCCACUGGAACCAUACAAGGCAAAUCGAGUUCCUAAAGAUGACAAAACUAAACUGGAGGAGCAGGCAACUAAGAUAAAGGACCUGAACCUGCUGGUGGACACACUAUUGACCGAAAAUGAAAAACUGAGAAAAGAGAACAGAAAACUUCGGGCAGAGGUGGCGAGACUGCAGCAGAAUCCCGAGAAAGAGUUGGACAUGGACACCGAUUUUGUGGAGAAGUCUGAGCUUUGGAGUUCUCCAAACCCGACGUCUACUUGGCAGAAUUUUGUAGCAAAUACCGGGAAGGUGAAGGACAUUCCUAUACCUAAUCUUCCACCUCUAGACAUUCCUUUACCAGAUCUUCCUCCCCUUGAGCUCCCAGAAGAUAUACAGUCGCAAAUCACAGAAUUUAAAGGACUUAUGGACAGCUAGGGAAACAACAAAUUCAGAGGACAAUCACAAGGGAAAAACAUCUUGGCAGCAAUAUUGGAAGGGCCACUGUGUCUUUGCCAGAGUCUACCAUAGAAGGUGGAACAGUCCAGUAAACCGGUAGACACGUCACUGUGAAAUAUUCAAUCUGAGGUCGAGUAGAUCGAAAAGAAAUUCUAAAAGAGAAAUAAGCGAGCUCUGGAAACAAUCCGACUUUUUUCUUUUAAACCAAAAGACUGAAGUAACUUUUAAAGAACCUUUGCCGAAAUUUUAUAUAUAGGUUAUAUAUGUGUCAGGUUAUAUAUAUAAUUCCAUAAGAACAAUCCAGAGCGUCUAUCAUACAUGAUAGCUCUGCAUUCUCAGCAUACACUUUCUGUCUUGCAUUCAGAAUGUACGCAUUUUGUUAUGCACAGAAAUCACGUGUGUACAGCAGACACACAGCUCGACUUGUGCCACAUUGCACUCCUAGAUCUAACCUCCAACCAACAAGGAAAUGUAUUUUAUUUUAUUUUUUUCUGGAACCAAAUUACAUGUUAUUUUUAAAUAAUCAGUUUACAAAAUAAAAUAAAAAUCAGGGUG